CUGACAAAUGGCUUGUGACAGACAGUCACGUGACUAAAAGGCACUAAUUUAGCAUCUUUCUGGUUCCUGACCACUCAAUUUUGAAUGGAAAUGUGUAUUAAAAGAGCUUUCUAAAACAUUUAAAACUGUAGUUUUAACAAAAAUGAGAAUAAUUAUCGAUCGAAGCGAGUGUUGUUCUUUGGAGCUAGCGGGCUAACUUCUUGGUGAGGUAUGUUAGCCAGUUCGGUAGUUUUCAUUCAGAUUGCUAAGAAGAGCUGAUUCUUGUAUUCUUUCGUCUGCACUUCCACCUUUUGAGAUCAAACGGCUAAAAAUGCCUCAAACAGCGGCUAUCAUCAGUGGGAUCCAGAGGAUGGUUUUGUACGAAACAAGAGCAAGGUUAUUCUUGGUUGGCAGCAACCACGCAGAGACCAAACACAGAGUCCUAAAGAUUGACCGCACAGAACCAAAGGAUCUGGUGAUAAUUGAUGAUAAGCAUGUGUAUAAUCAGCACGAGGUGCGGGAGCUACUGGGCCGCCUGGACUUGGGCAACCGCACCAAAAUGGGCCAAAAGGGCUCCUCCGGUUUGUCCAGGGCGGUCUUGGCUUACGGCAUUGUAGGACCCGCCGGUUUUAAAUGCUGUCUGACUUUGUUUUAUUUUUUUUUUUUGUGUGCCACAGUGGUUUAUGGCCUCCGGAACGAGCCGUACUACAAGUACGUGUGGAACGGCAAGCUGUUUGAGAGGGUCAAGGACAUUGUGCAUCCUGACUGGCUCAUGUACAUAAUCCAUGGCUUUUGUGGUCAGUCCAAACUACUGAUCUACGGCCGACCGGUUCACAUCACCCUGAUUGCCAGGCGCUCCAGCAAAUUCGCCGGGACCCGCUUCUUGAAAAGAGGUGCCAACUGCGAGGGGGACGUAGCUAACGAGGUAGAGACCGAGCAGAUCGUCCACGAUGCCUCGAUUAUGUCUUUCACAGCAGGAAGCUACUCGUCGUACGUCCAGGUGCGAGGUUCCGUGCCACUCUACUGGUCUCAGGACAUUUCCACCAUGAUGCCAAAGCCACCCAUAAGAUUGGACCAAGCAGAUCCAUACGCUAAUAUAGCUGCCCUGCAUUUCGACCAAAUGCUGCAGCGGUUUGGCUCACCCAUCAUCAUCCUCAACUUGGUUAAGAAACGUGAAAAGAGGAAACAUGAAAAGAUUCUCAGUGAAGAGCUCUACCCAGCUGUGAUCAAUCUCAAUCAGUUCCUCCCUCCUGACCACCGCAUUGACUACAUCGCCUGGGACAUGGCCCGCUAUACCAAGAGCAAAUUAUGCAACGUUUUGGACCGCUUGAGCAUGAUAGCAGAGAAUGUGGUGAAGCGAACAGGUUUCUUCAUCAAUCGCUCUGACUUCUACUGCCACACCCUCAGACCGGACGACAGGUGGAGAGAUGUGGGUGGAUCCGUUACAUCCACUGGACGACUACAGACGGGUGUGUUGAGGACCAACUGCGUGGAUUGUUUGGACCGUACCAAUACAGCCCAGUUUAUGGUGGGGAAAUGUGCGCUGGCUUAUCAACUGUAUGCACUAGGAAUGAUUGAUAAACCCAAGCUACAGUUUGAUACUGACUGUGUCAGGUUAUUCGAGGAGCUGUAUGAGGACCAUGGAGACACUUUAUCUCUGCAGUAUGGAGGCUCUCAACUGGUCCACAGGGUGAAAACCUACCGCAAGAUUGCACCGUGGACGCAGCACUCCAAAGAUAUCAUGCAGACAUUAUCACGGUAUUACAGCAACGCCUUCUCAGAUGCAGACAGACAAGAUGCCAUCAACUUGUUCCUCCAAGUUUACCAGCCGUCGGACGGUAAGCCACAUUUGUGGGAGCUUCCGACUGACUUUUACCUUCACCAGAAGAGCACCAUGGCCCUUCAACACAACAGACGCAGCUACACAUUUUGGUGGUCAGAGGGAGUCCUGUCCUACUUACCUGUACCAUAUGAUGAAGUCGCCUGCGAAGAGACGAUGAAGACCGUCAAAGUGAAGAGGAUGAACCAGUUUGAUGAAAGUGUUGACAUCUACACAGAGUUCUUUAAACCUUACGAGCUCACCUCCUUCGAUGAAACUUUCUGCAUUAGCAAGACUAACUCGGCGAGGGAACUAAUGCCUAAAACGUUGGGAGUGGAUCCAAGUCCAUUCACUGUUCGCAAGCCAGAGGAAACCGGGAAAUCAGUGCUGGGCAAGAGCAGCAAGGAGGAGACCGUUCUCCAAAGGAAGACUGCAGCCAGUGCACCUCCUCCCCCCAGUGAGGAGGCCAUCUCCAGUACGUCUGAGGACGACUCGGAGGAGGACCGGGACGACGAAGGGCCCGUUUCACAGCGCUCUACCCCGAUCAAGCUGCUGACAGAGUCUGGAGAGAGCAGUCGCACACAGGAGGAGAUCCAGCCGCAGCAAGUGAUGAAGGAGCCUUAUGGUCAUAAUCUUGCUGAGUGUCCUGCAGAGGAAGAUUUGCUCAUUUAUGAAAGGUUUGCACAUCUUGGUGAAAACCAGCACACGGUGGAGAAAACGGAGCGCAUAAACCUGGCGAACAUCAUUUCCUUAGAACCGGUUUCCCGCUUCAAGGACGACAGCAUCUACGCCGUCUCUCUUCCUCAGGUGGACAGAAGAAGCCACGAAAUGUUCGACAGCCAUGUGAUGACGGGUCAGGGCCAGGUGAGGGCGCUGUGCAGGGAGGACAUGAUGAUGUACAGGGAGUACGUGAAGAACAGAUACAUGUGAAACGCAGAAAACCUGGAACUGAAUCGCUAUAAAGGCAAAAAAAAAAAUUAUACUUGAAACAGAGUUUUUUGCUUGUGAUUCCAGUUAGACCGAAUAUAAUUUGUAUAGAUUUCUCCUGCUAAUGUUAGUGAAUGUGAUGAUGUACAGAAGACCCAUAUGCAGCUGAGUUUGGACUUAAAAAUAAAAUCAAAAAAGCCUUUUUUUAAUAUAUUGUCUGUUUUAAUAAGUUUUCAACUAUUUUUUAUUUGCGUAAACCGGCCUUACAAGACUACUAUUAUGGUGUUUUUUAUUUGAUUUUUACAUUAUUUUAGUUGUAAUCAUGCCAUAUUUUACAUAGUAGUUGCAAGUUAAGAAAAUUGCAAAUCAGUUGUGCAAAUUGGUGUAAAUAAUUUUGAUUCUUGUAUGUUUGAUGCUUAUAGAGUGUAUAGCCUCCCCAACAUGAUUGUAAUUUUGCCUAAUGUGUGCCUAACGUUGCAAGGAGCAGCCAGAAGCCUCGGCAUCGAGGUGUUUCUUAAAAAGAAAGCUUUAUUUGGAGCCGAUUUCUCAUCUCAGACAUAUUUUUUAUCUUUUUUCUUUUUGCAUAUUUUUAUCAUUCCAAAAUUAUGUCUGUUUAUUUUGUAAAUACAAACUGUUACUGUUAACGUUUUUAAAAUUUUAUGUUCUGAGCUUAAUUUGUUAUUCAUCAUAAGUCAUUUUGACCCACAAGUUAUAAAACCACCAUAGUUUACAGUGUUGUGUGUUUCUUUUUGAAUUAUCAUAAGAUAUGUGGUAAUAAAUUAAACACAUUUAUAAAAA